GGCAGGCGGCGAGGGCGGGCGCCGGCCUCUCCAGCGCUCGCAGGGUCUGCGGGGCCCGCCCGGCAGCGAGCGGCGGCGGAGCGCGGCCCCGGGGGAUCCCCCUCGCCAUGCAGACCCGGCGGCGCCUGCUGCCUCUCGAGGAGCCUUUUUGAACUUACAUGUUCUUCUGCAAUGCUGUAGAAAUACAUGCUAUAGCUUGCUUCUGAGGCUUGUGUUUCGUACAGAAAGGAACAGUUGCCCUCUUGGAGCUCCUGGGGGAAAUCAUCCAUGUAGGGUAUAACCAAAGCAGCACCUGAGUGAUACCACUGUAGGGCAGGAGACAGAAGAAUUCAGCCAACCAUCAGCAGAAGAGAUAACAAACUGUGAAAUGCUCAAAGAUCAAGUGGAACACACUGAUUCAGCAGAACUGGCUGGUUGUGCUGCAGUCAUCAUGAGUAGGCACAGGGUCAUUCGUUUCUUAACACAUGUAUAAGAGGAAAAGGUUCAGACAAGAAUCUGGUGGUCUUUCCCUGACAAAUGGAGAACUAUUUCCAAGCAGAGGCAUAUAACCUCGAUAAGGUUUUAGAUGAAUUUGAGCAAAACGAAGAUGCCGCUGUUUCACCUACACUUUUGGGUGCCAAGUGGAAUCAGAUUCUAGAUCCGCCUUCUCGUCGUCUGUCAUUUAACCCAACCGUGGCCAAUGUGAAUGAAGCUACAACUCCUAAUGAAUGUCAACAGAGAUUAAAGUCUUUCUCCUUGUCUCAUUCAGUGACUACGCCAACAGGAGGAGGGGAUCACUGUGCUAAUGGAAAGGAUUUUAGCAUAAGCCCAGAGACCCCAGUCAUGUGGAUUGAUGAUCAGGCAGCAGCAGAUGAUCAGUUGCUUAAAAGAAAUAGUAAUCGGGAUGAUCAGUGUAAUACUGUGGAAACAGGAGAAAAGAAAUGUGGGAAUAUAGCUUGCUUGCCAGAGGAGAAGAAUGUACUAGUGGUGGCAGUGAUGCAUAACUGUGACAGAAGAACACUACAAAGUGGUGAUGCGGUGGAUUGUAAAACUUACAACAGUCCGUCCCUAAUGGACACUAUUAGCUUUACACUGGAUAAUGAAAACCAACAGAGUGAUCAGUUUAGUGUUACUGUAAACGGAUCCACGGAAAAAGAUACAGAUACAGAAAAGCAAGUAAAUAGGCUGUGCACUGAAGAUGACUCUCUAAGUCAUUUGCUUAAUGCUUCAUCUGAAAGCCUGACUGUUGCAUGCCCCUCCUCUCGAUUAAAGGAUGAUUUUAAUAUGAAUAAAGAUUCUCUGUUUUCAGAAGCUACAACUGCAGGGAUUAAUGCAGUGACUCUCUUGCAGAGACCAGUUGAUGAUACUGCUAGAAUGCAAGAAAAUUGUGUUUCAGUUGAAAAUUUUACUAGUAAAGCCAUUCCUCAGAGAACGGAUCUAGAAGCUAAAAACUCUACUUCUGGUUCAAGUAGUGGAAGCUUAAUGGUGGAACAGGAACCAACCCAACAGUUACAGUCUAGGUUAUCUGGGCUCAUGGAAACUUGUCAAUCUAACGUGGCUGGAAGUGGCAAUUACAAAGAAUGUGUUGCAGAACAUUUUGCCCCUGAGGAUGUUAGUGCCACUGAAAGCGAAGUCAUUGAAUGUGGUAAAAAUCUUGGCACAACAGAAUUGCUCAGCAUGGCAGAGUGUUACCCUGAAUCUCAGGAGGUGACUAAUUGGGAACUGACAAAGUUGAAUGAGAUGAAUAAUAAGCAAACUCUGGGAGAGAAUGAAAGGCUCUUGCAGACAAAACAGCCUGAUGAGGCAUGUAGUAAAGAAGGUGGAGAUGGGAUGAUGGAGGCAGGCAUAGACUUAAAAGGGACUGGUAUAGAUGAGCUUGAAGGGUCCAGUCUCUCUGAUGUGAUGGCUACAUCAGCAGCAAGCUCUCUGUCUAAUGGUUGUGAUUCCUAUGGAAUGCAGAACCCAGUCGUUGCUCAUGUUCCAAAGACUUUACCUUCCAAGGAAGACUCGGUAACAGAGGAAAAGGAGAUAGAGGAGAGCAAGUCAGAAUGUUACACUAAUGUGUAUGAACAGAGAGGAAAUGAGACAACAGAAGGGAGCGGUCUUAUUUUAAACAGCACUGGUGACCACAUUAAGAAAAAUUAUUUACAUAAUCUUUGUAGUCAGGUUUCAUCCAUGCAAGGGCAAACUUCACCAAAACCAGUGACUAAUUUGCAAUCUAUCAGUGUUCCUUUUGGUGGUGCAAGACCUAAACAACCUACAAAUCUUAAACUGCAGAUUCCGAAGCCAUUAUCGGACCACUUACAAAAUGAUCUUGUUCCCCCAAAUUGUGGAGGUAAUAGUAAAAACAAAAAUGUCUUUGGUAAGACACAAUUAGGUGAUACAGCAAACGUGUUUCCUGGUGAAACAUCUUCAAAUGCCUCUGUUACUGAUACUAAUGGGGAACAUUUGGAAGAGUAUGAAUCUGGAGUCUCUAGUAGUCCGUGCCUUGCAGUAGCCCCAGAUAGUCCUGAUAAUGAUCUCAGAGCUGGUCAGUUUGGAGCUCCAGCCAGAAAGCCUUUUACGACUUUGGGUGAGGUGGCUCCAGUUUGGGUUCCAGAUUCUCAAGCACCAAACUGUAUGAAAUGUGAGGCCAGAUUUACAUUCACCAAAAGAAGGCAUCAUUGCAGAGCUUGUGGGAAGGUUUUUUGCGCGGCAUGCUGUAGCCUGAAGUGCAAGUUGCUGUACAUGGAUCGAAAGGAAGCCAGAGUGUGUGUAAUCUGCCAUUCAGUACUAAUGAAUGCUCAAGCCUGGGAGAACAUGAUGAGUGCCUCAAGCCAGAGUCCUAACCCUAACAAUCCUGCUGAAUACUGUUCUACUAUCCCUCCUUUGCAGCAGGCUCAGGCCUCGGGCGCCCUGAGCUCUCCGCCUCCCACUGUCAUGGUACCUGUGGGAGUUUUAAAGCAUCCUGGAGCAGAAGUGGCUCAACCUAGAGAACAAAGGCGUGUUUGGUUUGCUGAUGGGAUAUUACCCAAUGGAGAAGUUGCCGAUGCAGCAAAACUGACAGUAGCUGGGACAACUUCCACAGGAACCUUAGCAGUGUCGCAUGAUCCAUCAAAGCCUGUCAACAACACUUUAGCAGCAGAAACUGAUAAUGCUUCUGUAUUCUCGGGAAAUAUAACUCAGGUUGGCAGUCCUGUUGGCAGUGCAAUGAAUCUGAUUCCUGAAGAUGGUCUGCCUCCAAUUCUCAUCUCCACUGGAGUAAAAGGAGACUAUGCUGUAGAAGAGAGGCCUUCUCAGAUCUCUGUCAUGCAGCAGCUGGAGGAUGGUGGCCCUGACCCUCUUGUGUUUGUUUUAAAUGCUAAUUUGCUGUCCAUGGUAAAAAUAGUAAAUUAUGUGAACAGGAAGUGCUGGUGUUUCACUACAAAAGGCAUGCAUGCAGUGGGGCAGUCGGAGAUCGUCAUUCUCUUGCAGUGUUUGCCUGAUGAGAAAUGUUUGCCUAAAGAUAUCUUUAACCAUUUUGUGCAACUUUAUCGGGAUGCCUUAGCAGGUAACAUUGUUGGCAACCUGGGACACUCCUUUUUCAGCCAGAGCUUCCUUGGAAGCAAAGAACAUGGAGGGUUCUUGUACGUUGCAGCUACGUAUCAGUCCCUGCAAGACCUGGUGCUCCCAACCCCACCCUACUUGUUUGGCAUCCUCAUUCAGAAAUGGGAGACUCCCUGGGCUAAAGUGUUCCCCAUUCGGCUGAUGUUAAGACUUGGAGCUGAAUACAGACUUUAUCCAUGCCCACUUUUUAGUGUCAGAUUUCGCAAGCCUUUGUUUGGAGAGACUGGACACACCAUUAUGAACCUUCUUGCAGACUUCAGAAAUUACCAAUACACGCUGCCUGUUGUCCAAGGUUUAGUGGUUGAUAUGGAAGUCAGAAAAACCAGCAUCAAAAUUCCCAGCAACAGAUACAAUGAGAUGAUGAAAGCCAUGAACAAAUCCAACGAGCAUGUCCUCGCAGGGGGAGCAUGCUUCAACGAGAAAGCAGACUCACAUCUGGUGUGUGUUCAGAACGAUGACGGGAACUACCAGACACAGGCCAUCAGCAUCCAUAACCAGCCGAGGAAGGUGACCGGUGCCAGCUUCUUUGUGUUCAGUGGAGCUUUAAAAUCCUCUUCAGGCUACCUUGCCAAAUCCAGUAUAGUAGAAGAUGGAGUAAUGGUCCAGAUAACCGCUGAGAACAUGGACUCUUUGAGGCAGGCCUUGAGAGAGAUGAAAGACUUCACCAUUACAUGUGGCAAAGUAGAUGCUGAAGAUCCUCAGGAACACGUUCAUAUUCAGUGGGUAGAAGAUGAUAAAAACUUCAGUAAGGGUGUUGUAAGCCCUAUUGAUGGCAAAUCAAUGGAGUCUAUAACAAGCGUGAAGAUAUUUCACGGCUCAGAGUACAAGGCAAACGGAAAGGUCAUUCGGUGGACAGAGGUGUUUUUCCUGGAAAAUGAUGAGCAACAUAAUGGUCUGAGUGACCCAGCUGAUCACAGCAGGCUGACUGAAAACGUGGCAAAGGCUUUCUGUUUAGCUCUCUGUCCUCACCUUAAGCUGCUGAAAGAAGAUGGAAUGACUAAGCUGGGCCUGCGCGUUACACUCGACUCAGAUCAAGUUGGUUAUCAAGCUGGGAGCAAUGGACAGCCACUGCCCUCUCAAUACAUGAACGACCUGGACAGUGCCUUAGUUCCAGUGAUUCAUGGAGGGGCAUGUCAGUUGAGUGAGGGGCCAGUCAUAAUGGAGCUCAUCUUUUAUAUUCUGGAAAACAUCUCAUAAGAGGACUUCAUUUUCUGUUCAGACCUGUUCCAGCAGCAGUUGUAUCUGAAUCAUUUGCACUUUAAAACUGGAAAAUUAAGCUUUUGUUAACACUAUUGGGGAAGUGGGGGGGGGGGAGGCGGGAGGGACAGUUGUUCCAUAAUUCUAAAUCUUCUAUGCAUUGUCAACAACCAGAGGAUCAGGGCAGCUUCUAUACUACAACAUGGCUAUGCUAUCCUUGCAGCUAAUACACUUCUGUUACUGUUUAGAGAAAUGCUCAUGUUUAAAGACUUACAGUCAUGUACUCUAAAUGCUCAAACGGGUGCGAAGAUCACUGGGGCAUAAAUAAAAAGUGAAACUCCACUCUUGUCCUGGUUGUAGAUGGACAUGUGAGAACCACCACUCACGACCACCGUUCUGACCUCGUCCUCAUGCCGCUGGUGGUUGUGCUGUAGACAUUCAGAAGUCAUGUUUACAUUAUUUUGACCAGAUUAUUGGUUGAAAGACAUUCGGAGUCGCCCUGGAGAGACAGGGACAGGUUACCCAGCCAUAACUACAUUGGUCUAUGCCUCCAAAGGAGCAGAAGGGCAGGUGGGAUUACAUAAACUGCAGUUUUGUGUAUGAUAGGCUAGUUUCCUUUUUCCCCCCCUCUAUUUACUGUAAAACCCUGUCACCUCUGCAGAUUCCUUUAAUCUCCUAGAACAACUCUGCUAUUCUGUACUUUGUUUACAAAUCCGUUACAAAGCAGAGGAAAUAUCAGCCCUGAAGUGUGGUUCUGUCUCAUUGCUCUUCCCCAGUAGGUCCUGCUUAUAAAAGAGAAGCAACACCCAGGGCAGUCCGAGUCUCCUCCUCGCUGUACACUAUAGUGUAACGCUCGUGUCAUGUACUCCAAGGCAGCUUGCACUUCAUCUUAGCAGCCCCACAUAAAAGCUUACGUGUGCUAAAAGUCUAGAGGGGCUCUUUGUGCAUGUUCUGCUGAAAAAAGGCUUUGUGGGCAGCUCCCAACACUUGCGCCUGGCCCAGCGCUCCUGGUCUCACCCGAGAGGGCUUCAGCAGGGAAAGAAGCUGGAACAGGAUCAGUCAGAGACAGAGGAACUGUGUUGCCACAUUCUCAGUGGGAAGCUGCUCACCCGUGGCAAGAGCUGAACGCAGGAGAAGGGGUUUGGCUGUUUUGGUCUGUUUAGCCAUAGCCAUGUGGAGCAGCUGGUCUGGGUCCCUGUCGGAAGGGGAACGAAGGUUUCUCCUCCUGUCUGAACAAGAAAGUUGAUUUGGGAAGAGAGGUGCUCAUUUCUGGUGAACACGGGAUCUCAGACCUUGCACUGUCCCUACUCACAGUCAGUUCUGGUGGAUGCAGCAGGGGGUUACUUUGGGUUUGCUGUACAUGAGUAACGAGGUGCCCGUUCCUACACAAAGGGAAGCGUGAGGCUCCUGUGAGGCUGAUGCUUUAACCAAUACACAGUAUUAGCUGGGUAAAGGAAAAGGUCACUACCCAUAGCAAUGUGGUUUACGCAUAGAGCACAGUGUAUGUACAGAAUGUACUUGUGAAUAAAUGGCUACUGCUUUUUAAACAAAGCAAAUCUGACAAACCCAAGAUGGCAAAAGACAGCUGUCCCCAGCCAGCACUGGGAGAAGGUGGCCCAUGAACUGGGGUCCAGCACCAGCAACAAAAGCUGGGCAGCAACAGGUAGCACACUACAACUACUACACUUAGAAGGGUAAGUGUGGCAUCAGAGCAAGACCUGACCUCCGUGCUGGGGAGGAGGUGGCUGGCUCACUGCAGCUCACUUCACGUUUCAUGCUGGACAAAGCCCAAACUCUCGCACAAUCCCUAUCCUCCCUAUGGAUUUGUGCAGUGGAGCAGGACUGAGGUUACUUCCUGAUUCCCCUCUGCACACUUUGGGACACACUACACAGUGUAGGCAAGGUUUGGUUCCUGGAAGAGCACUCCAUAACCUAAAAUUACCCAUCUUCCUUCCAGAGCCUGCUCUCCAGUUUUGCCAUAGCAGCGGCUUUCCAGUUCCUUGAGUUGCAUUGUUACGCUUAAUAAUGCAGUAAAAGAGGUGAAAAAUCGUUUCUCUUCUCUUCCUUUGCCCCAAAAGUCUUUUAGGUUUGGAUUAUGUUUGUGCAAAACACUAUCAACUGGUGACUGACAUGUUUGCUUCAACCAUAGCCUUUGAAAUGACCUUAAAUACCAUGUUGUUAAGAAAUGAGUACUUGUUUUAGAGGAAAAAAAAAAAGAAUUGUACUUUUAAAAUUCAGUUAGUUAACACUGCAAAAAACUGCAUAUUAUAUUUUUAUUUUCAACAUGUAGUUUUGUAUAUUAAAUUUAUUGAAAUUAAAAACUAAACACUGUAUUGUCUUCAUCUGCUCAGGAAGACAGAGGCAGCGCUGCCUGACUCUCACCCGCCUGGACCCUGCUCUCUAUGCCCUGCCCUACCUAAAGAGCUGGUGCAGGAAGGGCUCUGACUCCCCAGCGCAGGCACAUCCUCUCCUCUGAGAUCAGUCCCUUCUCUGAGCUCACAGAGAUUUAAAAACACAAACGUAUUUGGUACCAUUUUGUUGUAUGCUGCUGAUCAGAAGCAUUCCUGAAAAUAGUCUUAAUCCCGUUUUCUACACGACAAAGAGUGGCUAUUUUCCCCAGCACCUGGAAGAACUGUAAAAGCCUAUUUCUGUACAAAUACAAGGAACGUUUGGGAAGCAGCACAGUCAGAGCUUACUUAGUUUUCUCUUCCCCUCCUUUUUACAUUUAAAAAGAAAAAGGAUGAAGGCACAGUACCAGGGCUGCA